AUGACAGAAAGAAUCCUGGAGAAGUUAGAUGUCCUGGAGGAGAAUGAAAAGAUCAUUGCAGCCAUCAGAGCAAAGGUGUGUGAAGUAGAAGCUCUAGGGAAAGUACGCAAAAAGACUCUUUUCGGGUCACCUCAGGUGGAGAACCAGCAACAGAUCAAAAGACGGAAAACCAGCAGUCACCUUAAAGAGAAAAAGAAGUCUCUAAUUACACCUCUGCCGUUUGAUGAUCAUGGGGAAUUUGAAGGCACAAUCGCUCCAUCUACAGCUGAGACAGCAACAGAGAACACAGAAAAUAAAUCAAAUGACCUUAAGAAGUCAAAAAUGCAUUUAUCUUUCGAAUAUAACCCUAAACCCAGAAGUGAUUUUGAAGAGUCAGAUUUGAGACCACCUGUUUUUGCAACAGAUAUAAGCAAUGAAGAAAGUACAUCAACGGAAAUCAAAGAGCAAGACUUGAAUCUUGAAAGUUCAUUUGAUGAGGAGAGCCAGCGAUCUUGGAAGCCACAGGAAAUCUGCUUCAAGCCAAGUCCUGCUGGGAUAUCGUCUAGGGAACUGGAACAGAGGCAAUUAAUCAUUUCAGAGUUUUGUCUUGAGCUCCAGGUUGGGAAGCCAGCCUCGUCCACGGGGUUUCACGAUUCAGAGUAUGCAAUGCCCUUGAAUAUUCUAUCGUCUCAGCCUAGACACCUGUGUAAAAUAUCAGCGGAAUGUCCAAAGUUGCCUCCUAAACCCUUCUAUCAGUCCAAUGCUGGUAAGGAAAAAGUCUUUCCUCCAUUUACAGAUCAAAAUGAAAGCAGAGCUAAGAAGUCCAUGAUGUCUACAGAUGGCUCAGCGGAUGCUAUCAAAGAGGGGAGAAAAUACCCUCCAGAGGUGAAUGAUUUAAUUACAAAAGAAAGCAAGCCAACCAGAAACGAUGAGCCAAGAACACCUCGUCCAGUAAAACAGACCAUCUUGUUUCCCCUGAGCUGUGAACAUAUACUCAAAAACCCAAACGUCAAGACUAUUGCCCCUGCUCCAGAAGUGACAGUACUUUAUUCCAUGGAAGAAAGCCACACAAAUCCGAUAAUUUUUCACGAUGCAACAUAUGUAAGAACAUGGUUUCUGAAAAAAAGGUUUACUCCCUUUCUGAUGACAACUAAAAAAAUGAAUGUUGUUUUACAAAAAAAUUGUGACAGGAGCAAAGCUCUACGUAAUAAUGAACCCACAGAUAUUUUUAAACCUCAAAGAUCUAAGCUUGUAGGACUGCAAAAACUGGCCCAAAAGAGUUUAGGGAAGAAACAAAAGAGUAGAAGGAAGGAACAAAAGAAGAACCAUGAUAGUCUGGCUUUAGCAAAAAGAUUUCUGAAAACACAUUAUGACUUGUCCCAGAUAGUUCCUAUCUUAACCAACAUAUCUGCUGGGUACUUUGAUAAAGAUGUUACUCAAAAAAAGACUGUUAAGUCAGACAGAUUUGAAAGAACGUUUUCAAAAGCAAAACAAGCACCCAAACGCCAUUUCACUGCCUUACCUAUGAAAUAUGACUCUAAGCCUCUGAAAAACAUUCUUGAAAUAUAUAAACUAAACAACGUAACUCCAGUGGAUAACUUGCUAACCUGGAAAGUGAAUGAAUCACAAGACUUAUUCAUGCAGAAAUAUUUAAAACCAGUAAGAACCAAGUUACAAGAUCAUGGAAGAAAUUCUAACCCUGCUAUUAAUGUUCUGUUGGAUACAAUACGCAGUCAGCAAUCCAAGAUCAAUCAACACUAUUAGCUAAUGCAAAGACUAAAUUAGGGAAUUAUCAAAAAUAAUGACUCAUUCAUGACUUAUCUUUUUGCUUGUGAGCCUAGCUUUUCCAGGCUGAGCCAUCUCUGUAGCCCAUUCAUUGCUUAUCUCAAUUAUACUCAUCAGAUAUCCCAGUUGGCUGCAGCACAUUCUUAGUCAGUACCGACUAUGGCGUAGAUUGAUGGGAAGGUUGUUGCCAGAAGCCAAGAAACAUCAACAACUUUGUGUUAUAAUUGACUGUCAAGACACAUAUACCAUUAAUUUACCGAAUAUGGAGUUCAAUGUAGAUCAGCAUUUUAGAGAGUCAUGGGAAAAUAGUGUCACUUGAGCAAUGUAUGUGAUUAA